CAAAGACAAGCCAGAGAUCUCACUGGUGGGAAUCGGUUGUGAUUUACAAUCUGAUAGUCUGCUCAGUGCGCUGUUAUCGGUGCAGUUUGUCCUGUUGUGCUGUCGUGGUAUUCCCUGCUUUUGACUUGCCCCUGGACCAGAACCUAGUAAGCAUAAGUAGAGCGCUAGGUUCUAUUCUCGUGUGACAUUCAGAACCAAUUGGCUCAUCAGUGAGUCAGGGUGCAGUCAACAUGGGCCGUCUUGUCACCCUUGCUACAUGCUCGCUGAACCAGUGGGCUCUUGAUUUUGAGGGCAAUGCCGAGCGAAUUAUCGAGAGUGUUCGUCAGGCGAAAGCCGCCGGAGCUACCCUUCGAGUCGGACCCGAGCUUGAGAUUACCGGAUAUGGCGUCUUGGAUGGCUUCCUCGAAGGGGACACAUUCCUCCACUCGUGGGAAAUGCUAGCACGCAUCAUCGAUCACCCCGACUGUCAGGAUAUUGUAGUCGAUGUGGGCAUGCCAGUGCGUCACCGAAACGUGCGCUACAACUGUCGUGUGAUCUUCUACAACAAGAAAAUUAUCCUCAUCCGUCCCAAAAUGUGGCUGGCAAAUGACGGAAAUUAUCGAGAGAUGCGGCACUUUACGCCGUGGCAGCGCCCACAGGAAGUAGAAGAUUACUACUUGGAGCAGAUUGUCGGCAAAAUUACUGGGCAGUACAAAGUGCCUUUCGGCGAUGCGGUAAUCAGCACUAGAGAUACAUGCUUGGGUUUGGAGACGUGCGAAGAAUUAUUCACUCCAAAUGGCCCUCAUAUCCCUUACGGGCUCGCAGGAGUUGAAAUCAUUUCGAAUUCGUCCGGCAGCCACCACGAGCUAAAGAAGCUUGAUACACGUAUUAACCUUAUCACCCAGGCCACUAAGCUGAGUGGUGGCAUUUACUUGUACGCCAACCAACAAGGCUGUGAUGGUGACAGGUUGUACUAUGACGGCUGUGCAAUGAUUGUCGUCAAUGGCAACAUCGUAGCUCAAGGAACCCAGUUCUCUCUUAACGAUGUAGAGGUCGUUACAGCAACCGUUGACAUUGAAGAAGUCCGGUCAUACCGUUGCAUGGCAAGCCGCAACAUGCAGGCCAGCCGGCAGUCGCCAUUUGUUCGUCUUGAUUUGGAUAUGAGAUUGUCUCGUUCGGACGAAGAUGCUGAGCCUGGUCUUUCUCCUUCUGAGACCCUCACACCACGAUAUCACGCCCCCGAGGAGGAAAUUGCUCUUGGUCCCGCCUGUUGGCUCUGGGAUUAUCUCCGGAGAAGUGGUGCAGCGGGAUUCUUCCUUCCCUUGAGUGGAGGAAUCGACAGCUGUUCUACCGCAGUAAUUGUUCAUUCUAUGUGCAAGGAAGUUAUGAAAGCGGUGACUGAAGGGAAUGAACAAGUCAUCAAGGACGUCCGUCGACUUUGCGCAGAGCCUGAAGGUUCGACCUGGAUUCCCACUACGAGCCAGGAAAUUUGCAACCGCAUAUUCCACACCAGCUACAUGGGCACCCAGAACUCCAGCAAAGAAACACGAGACCGCGCCAAAGAACUUGCUACUGAAAUCGGGUCAUAUCAUAUCGAUUUCAACUUCGAUACCGUGGUGACUGCCAUCACGAAUCUCUUUACCGUCGUUACCAACUUCCAACCUCGAUUCAAGGUCCACGGAGGCACUCGGGCAGAGAACCAGGCAUUGCAGAACAUCCAAGCUCGCCUGAGAAUGGUGCUCUCCUACCUGUUCGCCUCAUUACUACCAACAGUUCGCCAACGGCCCGGUGGAGGAGGCUUACUCGUUCUAGCUUCGUCCAAUGUAGAUGAAUGUUUACGAGGCUACCUCACCAAGUACGACGCCAGUAGCGCCGACUUAAACCCCAUCGGCUCCAUCAGCAAAGUCGACCUCAAAAAAUUCAUCGCUUGGUCCAGCACCUCCUUCAACAUGCCCAUCCUCGCCGAAUUCCUCAAUGCCACUCCAACCGCCGAACUCGAGCCCAUCACAGCCACCUACGUGCAAUCCGACGAGGCCGACAUGGGCGUCACCUACGCGGAGCUCUCGACCUUCGGAUACCUCCGCAAAGUCGCGAAGCUGGGUCCCUGGUCUAUGUACGAGCGACUCCUGCAUGUCUGGGGCAACGAGUACAGUCCCCGCGAGAUCUAUGAGAAAACGAGACACUUUUUCUACAAUUAUGCGAUCAAUCGGCAUAAGAUGACGGUUAUCACGCCGAGUUAUCAUGCGGAGCAGUAUUCGCCGGAUGAUAAUCGGCAUGAUUUGAGGCAGUUUCUUUACCCGUCGUUUACGUGGGCGUAUCAGAAGAUGGAAGAGAGUGUCAAGUUUUGGGAAUCAAGGGGGUGGACUGCAGGCAAAGCACAGAAGAAGAGCGUAAAGGCGGAUUAAACCCAUCUUCAGGAGAUAGACCUCUAUCCAAGAAUUUCGUUUUUGUUUUUUUCGAUUUUGACAUAUAUACAUACCAUCAUCAGACUAACUAGUGUCGAGUCUUGAUUCUCGAUGCAAAGAUAAAUGAAAAUGAACUGAAAUAGAAUGUAUGCCAGCUAUUUGUAAAUAUACAAUGAAAAAUAUAUCAAAAAAAAAAAAAAAAAAAAAAAA